ACAAUAGCAGAUCUGGCAAGAAUCCUCCUAUAUACACAAUGAAGAAAUAUUUCUGAGCUCUGCAAGUGAUAACUCAAGUGUCACACUUCUUUUCACAGCAACCGAAGGGUAGGAGUCAGGCUGGCUAAAGCUCACAGGACUUUAUAAUGGCUUUAGUGUUUCGAACAGCAAUGCAGUCCGUUGCACUCUUAUUAUCUUUGCUGGGAUGGGUUUUCUCCUGCCUCACCAACUACUUGCCACACUGGAGGAACCUCAACCUGGACCUAAAUGAAAUGGAAAACUGGACCAUGGGGCUGUGGAAAACCUGCGUCAUCCAAGAGGAAGUGGGGAGGCAAUGCAAGGAUUUUGACUCCUUCCUGGCCUUGCCAGCUGAGCUCAGGAUCUCCAGGAUCUUAAUGUUUCUGUCGAAUGGGCUGGGGCUACUGGGCCUGCUGGUCUCCGGCUUUGGCCUGGACUGCCUGAGAAUUGGAGAAAGACAGCAAGGGCUCAAGAAGCGACUGCUCAUCCUGGGAGGAGUCCUGCUCUGGACCUCGGGAGUGACAGCCCUCGUUCCAGUCUCCUGGGUGGCCCACAUGACGGUCCAGGAGUUCUGGGAUGAGACCAUCCCGGAGAUUGUGCCCAGGUGGGAGUUUGGGGAAGCCCUGUUCCUUGGCUGGUUUGCUGGUUUCUGCCUGGUGCUGGGAGGGUGUCUGCUUCACUGUGCAGGCUGCUCCAGCCCAGCUCCUGCAGCUUCGGGCCACUAUGCAGUGGCAGAAAUGCGAGAUCACUGUCAACAACUGGAGAUGAAAUACAGCAACCCAGACUCCUAAGCCCGAGGGAUCACUGGCGUCUGUUCUUCAGUAGGAACUAGCUUGGCACCGGAUGUGGUAGGAUCUCCUGCUAGUCACCCAGCCACUAUGCUUAUAAUGUCCUGAAAUGCAUUUCCCCUCCUGUGGCUAUUAACCUCUUAAAAUACAAUCUUUUUUUUUCCAAGACUAGUAAAUCACUUUUAUUUUCUACUUGGAGAUCAAAACCAAUCAGGACCUAACAUAAUCAGUCAUUACAGUGCAUGGACUUCAAUUUUAAAAUAGGCUGUGAUUGCACAGUGAGAAUUGCUAAAUAAAACUUACGUAUCUCUGAAAGCAUUAUUCUCAUGGAGAUGAAUCGUUUGGUCAAUAGGAAAUGUUACUGUUCACCAUUUACUUCUUUCGAGUGUUUAAGACAACCUAUUAUAAUGAAAUUAAGGUCUCACUGGAUAUUUAAAAUGCAUGACAUCUGAUUAAACUGAAAACUGCUGGCUUCUUUAAGAUUCAGAAGUGAAGAAUAUGGGACACUUCAUCCUUUUUUCAGUCAGAGACCUCAGUGCCUCUAGAGAGCCUUUCCCAAGUCAGCCACAUCCAUUCGUGCCUUCAGGCACAGAAGGGCACCUUGUCUUCUUGAAGAUUAUGAAUGUGUUCCUUUCUGCUUGUGCUCCGAGUU